AUGUCGACCAGGAGAGGUGUUGGCUUGGGCGCCUUCACAAAUAGAAAUGCCACCGCUCAAUCCUAUGCCGCACAUGGCUCAAACUUGAAAUCUGCCAACGCAGCCUCGCUCCAGGCUCAGCUGGAGGUCUUUCAGUCUCUCCUACAUAACUUCGCUCUCGAACAUGCGGCGACCAUCAAAUCCAAUCCGACGUUCCGCGCCGAGUUCGCGCGCAUGUGUAAUGCUAUCGGCGUCGACCCAUUGGCGGGCUCCAACAUCAAAGGUAAAAAAGCGGAUUCGCUUUGGGCAAAAGUCCUUGGUCAUGAUGUGAACGACUUUUACUUUUCGGUCGCGGUGAGGGUUGUGGAAUUAUGCCAGGCUACGAGGGCGGGAAAUGGCGGAUUAAUUGGACUGAAGGAGUGCUGUGAGAGCGUUGCCAGGGGAAAAGCUAUUGGUGGCGGUCUGCAAGUGUCAGAGGAUGACAUUGAGAGGGCUGUUAAAUCACUGGAACCCUUGGGGUCGGGAUUUGUUAUUCUCACCAUCGCCAACAAGCGGUUCAUCCGGUCGGUGCCGAAGGAAUUCAACACAGAUCAGUCCACCGUACUGGAGGUUCUACAACUACUCGGCAGUGUGACAGUAUCCCUGCUACAACUCAACUUGGGAUGGGAGCGGGCUCGCGCUGAGACUGUCAUCCAAGAUCUGCUAGCGGAUUCUUUGGUGUGGGUGGACUAUCAGUGUCCAGAGCCGGAGUAUUGGUCACCACAAGGACUACUCGACGAGAGUGACUGA